AUGGACGACUCCAUGGAGGAUUUCUACGCCGGUCGCGCGCGACGACCCCAACAGUCUAGCUCCUCCCGCCCGCCCAUCGGCCUAGGCAUAGAUCCAGCACCACCGUCCUCCGCCCUUCCGGACCCGGCACACGCGUAUCACACCCACUCGCACUCUCCAUACGCGCAGCCUCGUCAGGAAGACCGGAAUCCCAGCCGAGGGCAAGACGCGUCAUUCGCGUCUGUCCCUGAGGACCAUACGAUGGGAAGUGCGGAGGAUGACGAUGAGGAUGGAGAGGAUGACGACGACGAAGACGACGAAGAGGAGGAAGGGGAGGAUGGUGAAGGAGAUGGGAUGUCCGAGACGAGCUCGGCGAUGUAUGAUCCAGCGACAGAUCCGGAGGGGUUCGCGAAGAGGUUGGAUGAGCUUGCGGGGACGUUGGAGAUUAGUGAAGAAGAGGCGAGGGCUCUAAGACAAGGUCCAGCUAUAGGCAAGGGAAAGAAGACGCCAAUUCUACCCCUGUCAGACUUCAAGAACUACAUCAACCACUAUCUCACGACCACAGAAUGGAAGUAUGCUCCACCGCCUCACGCAGAGUCGCUUCUCCGCAGACAAGGCGCUCCAGAGGUGUACCAGCCCGGAGAGGACAUCGAGCGAUGGAGGGUCUGA